AUGGGUUUCGAUACCGAGUUCUCCAUGCUUUCUAAAAGAGAUCUGGAAACCAUAAGUGAUUACUUCAAAAUCGAGCACGAAUUCAUGGCUCCUAGGUCGUUUUACUCAUUAUCAUCCAACGCUCGGCAUCGGAUGCACGCGGUUUCGAUGAUAGCUAAGAGAUUUCACUUUCGGCAGUUAAUCCAUUUCUUUCAGCUUUCAUUUUCAACGCUGCGUCUUUGGCUUUCUUGUUCAAUCUGUCUGGCUGCGGUCGCUACCACUGAACCCAUGGAUACGUACAUUCCAUAUGUUGCAGUGAAUUACUUCGAUCGCUUUAUUUCAACGAAUUCUCUUACAGAAUUACAAGGGUCUUCUUUACUUGAUAAAGUUCGUUUGUUAGCAAUAUGUUGCUACACACUUUCCGCCAAGAUGAGGACAAAGCAUUUCCCGCAAAAGCAAUUUCUGACGAGAAAAGAAGCUGUUUACAAAACCGAAGUCGUAAUGAGAAUAGAAUUUCGCAUUCUCAGCGGACUUGACUGGCGAAUGCGAUCUAUAACUCCCUUUCACUUCCUGGACUACUAUUAUCCCACCUUCAAAAGAAUCGGUGGUUUUAAACGCCAAUCCAUUAAUGAGAUCAUAGUCCAGUCUCAAGGAGAGGUCUACUUCGCUCAAUUCAAACCUUCUGAAAUUGCAAUGUCCGCUUUACUGGCUGCUACUUACCUUGGAUAUUCCUCAAAAUUUACCUUAAUUGAGGGAUCAAUUCGCCUUUCGGAUGAUCUUAUGGCCUGUUAUCAAGAGAUGGUUCAGCUUUGUCGUCAUAGGAAAAUCAACAUAAGUAAAAGUUCUGGAGAAGUUAUCUUUCCUAUUCCCUCCUCAUCGACAACGGAAUCAGAAGAAGGAUUAGGAAAAGCAGCUGAAUUACGAGUACGAAAACAAAGAAGGAGCUCGCGGAUCCAGAUUUUGAACACGGUGUUGGAAAAUGAUGAUGAAGAAGAAGAAGAUGUAGCACUGUUAAACCGCCGAAAUCGGAAUAGCAACGAGGAAGCGGGGGAGGCAUCUAAAGAAGUUGAAGAAGGUAAGAGCGAGGCUGAGAAACUACGAGAGGUGAUGGAAAGUGCAGCGAGAGUAGCAUCUGGGACCGGAGCAAGACAGGAGAAGGGCGAAGGGAAAUCUGAAGAAAUGGUAGAAGCUGAGAGCGGAACAAGAGAUGACGAGUCCAAGGGGCCCUGUGAAGAAAUAGUAGGAGCUGAGAGCAGCAGAGCAAGAGAGGACAAGGGCAAGGGCAAGGCUGUAGAAGAAGCAAGCGAGAAUGAGCUGCGAAAAAGACAGAUAAAGGGCAAGGGCAAGGCUGUAGAUGAAAUGUGUGAAACAAUAUUGAGAUCAGAGACAGGUGUAGAGGGUGCACCAUUGAGGGCAAUGAACUUUCAGGUGCAGUGGCCUGUUAUUGUGCGGCCAGGUGAGAGAGUUGACAAUAUAGAGGCUAGCUUAUAUGUAGAUGAAUCCCGCAUGACAACUACUCGAUGUCCUAGAACAAUAAGAGGGAGCGACAUCGUUCCACCUCCACUUUCCCACCGUUGUCAGUGCAAAAUCAUGUAG